CUGGCCCGGAAGUGCUCGCCUCCCCCGCGCCGCCCCGAGAAGAUGGCGCUGGAAGCUGGCGAUAUGGAAGACGGGCAGCUUUCCGACUCGGAUUCCGACAUGACGGUGGUACCCAGCGAUAGGCCGCUGCAGGUUCCGAAAGUACUAGGAGGGGAUAGUGCUGUGAGAGCGUUGCAGAGUACCGCAGCAGCAUGUCCACCAGUUUCACAUUAUCGGACUGUUCAAAGUGUGGAUUCAAGUGAAGAGAGUUUUUCUGAUUCAGAUGAAGACGGCUCUCUUUGGAAACGCAAACGGCAGAAGUGUCUUAACCCUCCCAAACCAGAGCCUUUUCAGUUUGGCCAGAGCAUUCCAAAACUGGCUGUUGCUGGAGGAAAGAAAGUGAACAACAUAUGGGGUGCUGUGCUGCAGGAACAAAACCAAGAUGCAGUGGCCACUGAGCUUGGCAUCUUGGGCAUGGAGGGCAAUAUUGACAAAAGCAGACAAUCUGAGACCUACAACUAUCUGCUCGCCAAGAAACUUAAGAGGGAGUAUCAAGAGUGUACAAAAGAAUUAGACAAAGAGCUAGAUGAUUAUAUGCAUGGUGACAAAAAACUAAUGUCAAAGGAAGAAGCAAAUGGACAAGGGCAUCUCAAACGGAAACGCCCUGUCAAAGAUAGACUAGGAGACAGACUGGAAAUGAACUAUAAAGGUCGAUAUGAGAUCACAGAAGAAGAUUCUCAAGAGAAAGUAGCUGAUGAAAUUUCUUUCAGGUUACAGGAACCAAAGAAAGAUCUGAUAGCCCGGGUAGUGAAGAUAAUUGGGAACAAAAAGGCAAUUGAACUUCUGAUGGAAACUGCGGAAGUUGAACAGAAUGGUGGUCUUUUUAUAAUGAAUGGUAGUCGAAGAAGAACACCAGGUGGAGUUUUCCUGAAUCUUUUGAAAAACACUCCUAGUAUCAGUGAAGAACAAAUUAAGGACAUUUUCUAUAUUGAAAAUCAAAAGGAAUAUGAAAAUAAAAAAGCUGCUAGAAAGAGAAGAACACAGCUAUUGGGGAAAAAAAUGAAACAGGCCAUUAAAAGUCUGAAUUUUCAAGAGGAGGAUGACACAUCCCGAGAGACUUUUGCAAGUGACACAAAUGAGGCCUUGGCCUCUCUGGAUGAACCACAGGAAGGACAUGGGGAAGCCAAAUUGGACACAGAGGAAGCCAUUGAGGUGGAUCAUGCUCAAGAUUUGGACAUCUUUUAAGUACAUUUUGAAGAAUAAACCUUCCUAAAAUAACAUUGUAACUAUUUGUACUGAGGUUGCUUUACUAUUUACUGAAUGUGGAGAAAGAAGAGCUGUUUCUUCUAAAAAGCAAAGUACGUGGGAAGAUGGAUGCAGAUAGAAGGAUUUAAAGAUGGUUUAUAUCUGACAAGUAGAUAGCAUAGGAUUUAAUUUCUCAGUCUGCUGCAUGUGCUGAUUAUUGUAAGUAGUACUAGUUGAUAAUCAUUGUCUGCCAGUCCAUUAUAACAUGCCAUUCAAAAGUUUUUUUUUUUCCUGUUUUAUCUUUGUAGUUAACUAUACUUUGGUUUAAAAACAUUCCAUUAAAAGAUUUUACUAGGAUGCAUAAAUUA